AUGAAAACUGGUGUUAGCCUAAUUCCUCUGUCCGAGUCGUACCUGGACUGCGUCGGUUUUCGCCUCCAGCUGCACGUCUUCAAAGGGCCCUCCGUGCACGCGCCGCACACUCACGGGAGCGCGCACAGAACUGGAUGGAGGGGGGGGGGGGCGUGGCCGGGACUGAGUGAAGAUGUGGAGAUUACGAUGAACUUGUCCAGUGCUCUCCAUGCAGUGCACCUGAGCACGCGCGAUCUGGACUCAAGGAACGGGGCAGAGCUGAAACUAUGA